GGCAGGGAAAAAGGAGACCAGAUCACACAUACAAACGGCCCACGGUUUACGCGGUACCAGUCCGGGGAUGGUGGUGGUGUUGUUGGUGGUGGAGUAGUAUUGUGCAAACCGAACCAGAAGUCAGGCCUGGAAGGCAAGCAUCAAGCAGAAGCAAACACACUGCGGGCCAAUAGAGGCCGUUGUGCCCCACACAGGGUUGUUGUGUUGCACAGUGAAUUGAUUUCUGUCCAGUGCGAUCCAUGCCAUUGUUGCCUUCCCGAGAAGGAGCUCGAUUCGGUGGUCGGAAAAUCGUUCACACACAAAAACACACACCGUCUCCUUGCCGCCCCCCUUUGGCCAGCCUGCUCUGGUAGUUCUGGUUGGAAAAUUGUUCCGCUUUUCUUUUUCCUUCAUCAAGAAUUCCAACCAUUUUCCAGUGGUGUGAAGAAAGCGAAAGCGAAAAAGUGUCUGUGUCGUUUGGCGUAAUACGAGUGUAUAUUGUCUUUUCUAGCAGCGUACCCAAGGAUAAUAGUGCUGUAAAUACCAUUUUUUGCUCACCUGCUCGCAGCAUUUUCAUCACGUUAGGCAACGGUACAACGCAACGGUGGCAGGUGAGAAUCGAACUAGACCACCUGUGUCCGUCUGUAUUAGUGAUUCGGUAGUAAGUGUGGAAAAAUGGGAAUUUCCCUUCCCGUGAGAGUGUGUCUGUGUGUGAGCGAGAGAGAGAUAUAUAACAAGAAGUAAAAAAAGAGAAAGAGAAUGUGAGAAAAGUGUGUAGCUCAAAUCUCGGGAUUCUGUGCAUCUGUUUUAUAACAAAAAAAAAAGAAAAGAAAAGAAAAAACACCAACCCAAACGGAAGAAACUUCGCUCCCGGCUGACAAGUGUGCAAAACAACGUGGUUAAAACAAUAGUGUUGUUAUAGCACUCCGUCCGUCUGGGAAGGUGUCGUUGCAACUAGUGAAGCAACAACUAUACCAGAUGUAGAUGAUGAUACCUUACAAUGCGGUUUUUGUUGUUCUCUCUCUCUCUCAUUUUCCCAAGCGCAGCGCAAAAGCCGGUUAAAUAAAAGGAGUGAAAAAAGUUUUAAAAAAAUAACAACACAACAAAAAAGGAUUUGCAAAGAAAGGAAGACCCUGCUAAUUAAAUCCUCACUUUGUUUUACAGCAGUGACGACAGGCGAAAGAUAAAUAAAGGAAAAAAAACAUAAAAAGUGAAUGAAAACACAGGAAAACAAGGCAAAUGGUGACACAAAGGUGAACAAAUGUGAAGUAAGUGAAAGUAAGUGCAAUGAUGAUCAGAAUGCGAUAGAAAUUGUCCAGCACCAGAUUGAAUCCUUGAAAGAAAGAAAGCAAAAAAGCAAAAGGCGCAAACCAAGUGUUGCAAACAAGACCGAACAAAACCGAGCAGCACAAAACACAAACGCAUCACAGAACAAAAAAAAACAUGGGUUGUGAAUUAACGAAGCUGGCAAGCAGUAGCAAUGGUAGCAAUUCGAAGACCAACAAUAUGCCGAGUCUGGACGCUUGUGGGCCACCGCCAGUGGACAGCCGGUUACCGCUGACCGCCAAACAGAAAUACACGAUGGUAGCCUCGUGGAAGGGCAUUAGCCGUGCGAUGGAGACGACCGGGAUCACCAUGUUUAUCAAAUUGUUCGAGGAGCAUGCGGACCUGUUGAAUAUGUUCACCAAAUUCAAGGAGCUCAAGACGAAAGAGCAGCAAGCAACCUCGGAGGAGCUGCAGGAGCACGCGAACAAGGUGAUGAACACGCUGGACGAAGGCAUCCGGGGGCUGGACGAUUUGGAUACGUUCUUCGAGUUCAUCCACCAGGUCGGUGCGUCCCAUCGGCGUAUACCCGGCUUCAAGCAGGAGUAUUUUUGGCGCAUCGAGGAACCGUUCCUGUCAGCCGUUUCGACUACGCUGGGCGAUCGGUACACACAGAACGUGGAAGGAAUUUACAAGCUCACCAUCAAGUUCAUCAUUGAAACGCUGGUAGCGGGCUAUGAAGCAAGUGCCAACAAUAAUGUCGACAACACCACGACCACCUCCAGCAGUACCGGUGCCACGAAGCUACCGGACGAACCGAACCGGGCAUCCUGAGCGCCCUGAGCCGAGCAGAACCUAACCCUUUAGAUGCGAAGCACUCACACAUCGCCAGCGCCUGAACUAAAGUAGGAAAAAGAAACCCGGGAGCCCGAUUGAGUCUCCACCAGUUCGUGCGUUCCAGCUUCCCUAUUUCCCUACCGCAGAGAAUGUGUGUGUGCGUGUGUAGGUCCUUGGUAGAGGACAUCAAGGGCCAUCGAAGCCCGAGAACAACUCUAGACAUUAGGCGAUGCCGGAUGGUAGAUCGAGUUUGUGCGCGGUAUAUGCAUUAUCGAAAUCGUCGUCGUCGUCGUCGUUGUCAUCAUCAUCGUUAGGACAGUGAGCCAUUUGUAGACUUAUCGUGUCGUGGUAGCGAAAUGCUCAUGUUGGAUAGCAAACCACCUGAGUGUUGCAAAACCUGUUUAGUAAAGCAUCUCAUGUCCGUGGGGGACAGAUGGGAGUGGACAGAUUUGCAAAGCAGUAUUAGUAGGCAGGAGCAAACAAUAUCAUUUUAUAGUGAGAAUUACCAAAACAAAAAAAAAACUCGGAGGACAACAGUUUCCUCCUCCUCAGCAAAACCUUCUGCCCUUGCCCUCUCAUCAUCAACAGCGCUACAAGACCGGAGCAGGAGUUUGAAGGUAUUUACAUCCGAUCGAAGCGGCCAUUGAGUAGGGUGAGGGCCAGAAACAAACUAUUGCUGGUGAGGGGUUUAGCAAUCGAAGCACAGUAUAUGAAAUUUCGAUACAUUAUGCAAGCGACGCGCACAAAUGCAAACAAAAACGGUUGGUACGGAACACUUUCGCAUGAACGUUAAAAAAAUGAGAAUGAAAAAUGGUAUCAUCGUCGGGCAUUUCCUAACAAUUGAUCGUUUGACCAUCAGCCUUAAAGUGAAAACAAAAUGUAAGACAAAGCAGAAGAAAGCCACAUCAUAAUGCGUACGAUUAUUAGUAAAACUAGUAUUAUAGUGAUGCAGUGAACAGCGCGUGAAAAAUUGCGAUCAAGGUAACGAUACUGAGACGCAGAUGAUAAACAAAAAAACCCCGGCACAAAUGUAUCACAACGGUGACGAUACAAAACGUGGGCUAAUACGUAGGGUCGUACUGCGCCGCAAGUUAAGAUGGUGAAUAUUAGUGAAGGCUUCUUACGGAAAAAAUAAUAUUUUUCAAGCAGAUUGCAUACUGUUAGGCGUAUAUGGUAACUUCCGAGAAAUUUUAGUUUUUUUUUCUUUCAAAAUUAUCACUUUUAUAAUCGGUUGAUCGCUAUCAAAGCAUCUCUUGAUCAGUUUUCCAACAAUUUGUAACAAUUGGUAAAUCUUCACAGCUUUUCCGAUUGAUCGGAACGAAUGAUCACGCACGCAUUACUUGCAGUCAGCAUUGAGUCCAUGUGUGCUAAACUAGGUAAAACAUUAGGAAACACACAUCGAUCGUGAUCGUGCAAGCGGUUCAUUUCAAACAGCGGCAUAUAAACGAUUUGACCCGAGCACAAUUUGGACGCCUACAUUUAUGCAACCACCAAUCACAAGAUCAUUUUUGGGUGAGUGCUUCCUAAUAUUUUGUCUUAAAAUGUGUCUCAAAGAAUGGCAAGAAAGCUUAUAAAGAGAAUUAUUGUGAUUCAGUAGUGUUGCUGUCAUAAUUUUGUAUCAGAAUCCAAUUGUUAUUAAUAGCCUUAUGAUCAGUAUCGUCGUUAACGCUUGCCAAACAAGUGCAUCGUCAGCACUCCGAAGCAAAUUUACCGCAAAAUUUAUUGUUUGCAUGAUGAGAGAUAUUACUUCUGCACUUCUUUCACACUACUUAAGGCAGUAGCAGAUGCCGAAGCAGGAGGUUCCGGUUUCAUUGCAAUUCGUUAAGCCACGAAAACGGGAUGCAUUGGGACUAUUCCAAUCGUUCGUUGAUGCUAGCCGUAAUUGUUAAUGUGCAGAUGGGGGGGGGGAGGUUAAUAGCUGCAAACAAACAUACACAAACAUCCCGUAGCGGGUUAUGAGUGAGUGUAGUUGACCUUUUUUGUAUAUUCACCCUUGCGCAUAUGUCCACAAUUUGUGCGCUUUAACCAAAAGCCAGAAACGAUCUCGUAGCAAAGAAAGCAGUAACACGUACUAGUGACAUACAUGUAUAAAAUUAGUGAAAGAAAUCUCCGCUAAUACAAACUGGAAGCGUAGCGGAAAGAAAAGGGGACAAACAAACCGUUCAUCAGCAGUCGAAUCAAUGGAAGAAGAAAAUUUCGUACCAGAAAAUUGCAUAACUUUAGGCGUGUGGAAUGCAUUUUUCGCAACGUUUAAAAAAUGCGCCACAAAGUAUGCAAUGUUUCACACCUUUUUUGGCGAACAGUUUGUUGGUUCCUUUUUCGGAUUCGAACAUCAAAUCGCUACAUUCCAUCAAUCAUAAAACCCUGUCAUGGGGGGGGGGGGUUUGUAGGCAGCCACCUGUAUGUAGUUAAAUCGAUCAAACCGAAACGGACGAAUAGUAGACGAGUAACUAUUUAAUAAAGAAGACGACAGAAGCAAAGAUAUUCAUCUGGCGCACGUGUCAGCUUUAGUGUGCGGGAAGUGAAACAUCACGGUCCCAACAUCAAAAAAAUGGUAGGGUUAUUCGUUACCCGUAGUGCAAAAACAAAUAAGAAUCAUGGUAGAGUUCGAAACCAGUGGCGCUAAAAAAGAGAAGAAAAAACGGUGUAUAGCAAAAGAAAUAAAAAAAAAACGCGAUCAAAUCAGUAAAAUCGUGCGUAGAAGUAGAGAAAGGAAACAGCAGACAAAGAUAAAACAAGAUAAAAUCACACAAGAAAUAUUGUUCCAUGGCUCCACCCCCGGGGCAGCAGAGGAAGCUAGCAGUAGUAUAAAGUAACGAAUCAAAACAAGAAAAAAAAAUAUUAUACAUAGAAACAGGUAGUUACAGUGCUGUCAACUGUAGUGUGACGAUUGUGGGCGGAAAUGUUGAACCAUUUUUAUACAAAAAAUACAAACAAAAUCCAAACGGCUCGGAAUGAUCGUUGGGCGAUGUCUGAUGUUGAAGAAUGUCGGUAAAUCUUUAAGUACAGCACAAACACAGGAAAAGACAAGGCAAGCUGGGAACGCAUUGUUUGACGGUAUUGAUGGUGAAGAUUAAGAGGAUAUCAUUAAUCUCGAUCGCUCCCGAAACUGGUGUUGCUAUUGAUCGAUCGUGUGCGCCGGAAGUGCGCUUUAAAGUAUGUACAAUAAACAAAACCAGAUCGAAACCGAAUGUUUGGGGGGAGGGCGCAACAGAUACAAACAUUUGCACCGUGAAACGUGAACAUUAGCGUGCAGGAAGCAUAAUGAAUGAGCAAAAUUAAAUUGCAAAGUUUUCCAUUUUUAUAGCGUGACGAGCUUUGAGAAGUGUAACACAAAUUGGCAAUAAUAAGAAAUCACCACUGUUUAUUCUUUUUUGGUUGUUGGAUUUUCCUUUAGGAAAAUGAUAAAUGCGAAAAAUGAUUGAGUGGCGUGAGGGCGUUUAUGCAUGGCACAAGAUAUUAAGCAGAAGACAAGCGACCGAGAAAAAAAUCAUACACAAAAAACGCAAAAGAAGAAGAAAAAAAAAGUAUUGUGAAAAACAAAAGUAGCGUAACUAGAAAUGCCCUUUGUAAUGACAUGUUUUUUUUUAUCUUUUUCAAUACGAUACAAUCACUUGCUUUACAAAAAGAAGAAAAAAAAGAGAACAAAAUCCCCAUAUACAACAAACGCAGACAAAUCACAUCACCACCAACCCAAAACAGCGAGACAAUAGCCGAGAUCGUCAUCGUCGGGACAUGAACGAUAGGAACAGGAAACAAAAAACCCAUAAUCGAAACAAGGCUGAAGUUUACUAUCCUUGCAGAUUUUUUUUUUUAAAUAUUUUAUGCAGGAAAUGAUCGUCUGCAAAUGGAACCUCAAUGUAUCCAAUUUUCUAUUUAUUUUCUAUCCACAUCCAACACAAUGUUUCGUCUGUACUGCGACGGUCGAACACUUUUCCGACUCUUCCGCAAACGAACGUUGUGUGAUUUGGAACGAAGGAUUCUGCAGGAUACCAUUUUUUCCGUUUAGCACUUUUUAAAAGAAAAAAAAAACGUUUAGUGAAACCCAACUUCUAAUAAUAAGGUCAAUUAGAUGGUAACAGCCCCGAUAGAAGACGAGCAAAAACCGAUCAUUCCUCCCUGUGGCCUCGGUGGGAGUGAACUGGCACAAAACAGUCCCGUGCGUUUCUUCCGGGAAGGACCCUUUCUCGUCUAUCCUGUUGUCCCAGCUGGUGUGUACCACCAUCCAAGAUCCAAACCGCACGGCAGCCUCCCCGCACUAACACCCUUUUACGUAUUAACUCUCCCAACUAGAGCGACACGCGUACAAAAACCGAACCUAAAAAAAAUACAUAAGUAAAACACGAUUAUCAAGAAUAGGGGUUAGUAAGGGGGUCGAUAUUGCGAACCGAUAGGAGAACAGAGACAACGGGCAACCCUUGGACCACCACCCUACAGUAUUCCAUGGUUUCCGGAAGCAAGCAAGUGAGCGUGCACAUUAUCCGAAGCAAACAAAAAAAAGGGCCGAAACCGAUCGCGCAAACCGUUUUUUGUCGCAGUGAACAAAUCUUGACACUUUGAACAUGAAAUAUUGUACCGAUUACAACACCCACACACAAACACACACACAAAGGAAAAAAUGAUAUUGUAUUGUACAAGAGUAUAGUAAUAAAAAUAUUUCGUAAAUGUGCUUUAA